AUGACAGGAUUGCUAGACACCGGCUCACAAGUGACGUUAAUGCAACAGCAAGUCAUGGAACAACACUUCUCACAGGUUGAACAAGGGACGGCCCCUUUGGUGCUAAAGCUGAAAGCUGCCAAUGGUCUUGACAUUCCAUAUUCAGGUUAUGCCAUUAUGGAUUCUGAGAUUCAGGGUGUACAUAUUCCAGAGAAGGGCUAUAUUUGGCCUGUAGAACGGCAGGCCAUUAAAGUACCGCCCAGAAGCGAGACGAUUGUUUGGGGACGCGAUGGGGGAAGAACACGCAAACCAAACUACAUUGCCCUAGUGGAGGCUACGCCAGUUGCAGAAGCCUGGGGGGUAGCUAGAACCCUAUCUGUGGUGCAAGGGGGAAGAGUCCCGGUUCGUCUUUGUAACCCCCACACUUACCCAGUCACCAUAGGACGGAACCAGAAGCUGGGCCGACUAUAUCAGGUGGAGGAGACUGACGUCCAGGGGCCACGUGAUCUCAGCUUGACUAUGUGUCCGGACGGCAUCGUGGAGGUGGGCGUGGUAGAUGUGCACCAUUUGGACUCGGAGGAGCCUACGGAAGGGGUGGGACAGGCCAGUAGUGGCCAGAAUUUGACCUCCCAACAGCAGGAUAGGCUUCAAGCUCUCCUGCAUAAGUGGAAGAAGGCUUUUGCGGAUGAUGAAGAGGAUUUUGGCCAAACGGACUUGGUCCAGCAUCGUAUUCACACCGGAGAUGCUCCACCCAUCAAGGAGAGGUACAGACCAUUACCACCUUCAAUGUACCAGGAGAUCAAGUUGCUACUCACGGACAUGCUAGAGAAGGGUGUGGUUCGUGAGAGCUGUAGUCCCUGGGCGGCACCGAUAGUCCUGGUCAAAAAGAAAGAUGGCAGUUGGAGAUUUUGUGUGGACUAUCGCAAGCUUAAUUCUGUCACUCAUAAAGAUGCAUUUCCGCUCCCCCGUAUCGAAGAGACGUUGACCAAUCUGACCAGGGCUGAGUGGUUUUCCACGUUAGACCUAGCCAGUGGCUAUUGGCAGGUCACCAUGGACCCCAGAGACAGAGAGAAAACGGCUUUUACCACACCGAUGGGGCUCUUUGAGUUCGAGCGGAUGCCGUUUGGCCUUUGCAAUGCACCCGCUACUUUCCAGCGCCUAAUGCAACAGUGCUUGAGUGGCCACCUAGCUGAGUGUCUGCUGGUGUAUUUGGAUGAUGUGAUAAUCUAUUCAGCUGAUUUCUCCUCUCACCUGCAGCAUUUGGACGAGGUUUUUCAGAGGCUGGUGCAGCAUGGGCUCAAACUCCGAAGAGACAACAGCUCGUUCCAUUCGGAUCAGGGUGCUAACUUCGAGUCCUCCCUUGUCCAGCAGCUUUGUCAGUUGUAUGGGGUUAGUAAAAGCAGGACGACAUCCUAUCACCCAGCUGGCAAUGGCGCUGUAGAGAGAAUGAACCAGACUCUGUUGAAUAUGUUGCGCUCGCUUGAGGCAGAGAGGCAACGUAGGUGGCCCGAAUAUCUCCCGGAACUGUUGGCCGCCUACAAUAACACUGUUCAUAGCUCUACUGGUUAUGCUCCCUCUUUUUUGAUGUUCGGCAGGCAUUUAAGACAACCGGUCGACCUAAGUCUGGGUGUAAGCCGAAAACUACCAUCAUGCGAGCUCCAAGGGUGGGUUAAGGACCACCAGCAGAAACUUUCCUUUGCCUAUAAGCUGGCGAGGCGCAACUGGGGUAGAGCUGCAGAUCGAAGCAAGCAGAACUAUGACAGGCAUGCUAAUGCCUUCCCUCUGGUACUGGUGACAUGA